ACACUCUUACUUAGGCAGCAUCCACAGGCCUGUCCACCAUCUUGAAUGGGGGCAGCGCGCCGCCAUCUUGGGUGAGGCUCUUCCUGUCCCACUCCCACAUAAAGCCGCGGGAGGCGGGGCGGAUUAUUUACCCGCCUCUCUGCCCUCACUCAAAAUGGCCGUCGGCGCAUCCGCUCCUCCUUCAGCUAGGCGUCGCGCCGGCGCGCUCCAGUGGCCGCUCAGCUCUAGGGCUGCAGGAGGCGGAGGUGCGGGGCCGUUCUAUCCCACUCACAGCGCGCCCGGGUUUCAUGAGUCAGACUGGGCUGUUGACAGUUUCUUCCGAAGAUGUACAUGCUGGUUGAAAACCGCACAAGUUCCUAUCUUCAUCUGAAGAGGUCACCUGGCAUCCGAUCCUGGUCUCUCUUUGUUGGAAUAGCCUCCAUAGGUUUGGCUGCCGCUUAUUAUAGUGCAGACAGCUUGGCAUGGAAGCUCUUCUAUAUGGCCGGGUGUUUCUUUGUGGCAGCGCAGAAUCUGGAGCAGUGGGAGGAAGCUGUAUUUGAUAAGAACAAGGGAACAGUCUGCCUAAAAACAUUCAAUCUUUACAAAAAAAUACUGACCUUCUCAAAAGGAGGCAAUGAACAAGUGGCUCUACUGAAUGAGAUCCGAGAUGUGAACGUGGAAGAGGAGACUGUGCGGUAUUUUGGGAAGGGUUACCUGGUUGUGCUGCGAUUUGCCACUGGAUUUUCACACCCACUGACUCAGAGUGCAGUGCUGGGCUGUAGAAGUGAUGUGGAAGCAAUUGCCAAACUCAUUACUAGUUUUCUGGAACUGGACAGAGUAGAGAGCCAACAAGAUCUCUCUCAGAGUAGCGAAACAGAGGCUAGUGAUGCAGAUGAACCACAGGAUAAAUAUUAAUAGUCGUCAUGAGCUGAAGAAAGCAGAGGCGUUCAAACAUCUGGAAAAUACACUGAUCGUUCUUCAGAAAAAGAAAUCCUCACAAUCUUGACCUGGGCAUUUCUCUACAUGUGCAUGUGUAAUGGGAGGAAUUUGUCCUAGGGCACCUUUUUUAGUGAUAAACUGCUUCAAGAUCCACGCUCCUGGUAUUGCCAUUGUAGGGUCCAAAGCAAAUUCUGGUUUAUUUGUUCCUUUGCCUCAGUUCCUGCAUGUGGACACUGCUGGCUUUUGAACUUUGUCAGCUCAUCCAACUUGUCUAGGAAUAGUUAUUUAUUAAUGAAUGGGUUUGAAAUCACUUAUUGCUUUGCCAUUAAUGAAGUGGCGAUACAGAUGUAAACAUCUGCUGCAGGUACAGUAUACAAAUGCAGAAGAGUUGAAUUUGUAAUGCAUAACACAAUGCUUUGAGGUUUUUCUUGAGAUGUUAUAAAUGACUGAGUAUAUUGUGAAAUUGGUUUUAAGCAGCUUAAUAUAUGCAAUUAGGUGAUGCGGGAUAGUGGCACUUUUACAUUCUCUACUACUGACUCGCCACUAAGAUACCAGUGGAAAUUAAAGUUGCAGUUACUGUCUUGGAAUUAGAAACACCAGGCUGAUCAACUUGUUACACUGUCUUACUUCUCUUGUGCUUGCCAAGGAGCCAUAAACAGUAAACAAAAACUGAUCAUGUUGAUGAUUCAACAUCUUUGGGGUGUUCUAGCUUAAUUCUAUUCUGCUUAACUUCUAAGCAUAGACUACCCCAAGAUAAAAGAACCUAUUUCUAGACCUCAACAUUUACUAUUUUAACUGUGUAUUUAGAAAGGAAGGAAAGACCAUCUGUUACUUUAGGUAGGGAGAAAACUGACGUCAAACAAUGUGGCAGCCUAGAUUUGUUUAGUAUUUCCUCACUUGAAAUGGUACCAAAGUGCUAAAUAAUUUUUAAGAUAGCUGGGAUAGAUCCAAUGUUUGACUUGCAUCCAAGUUUUACUCCAGGGGUGUGUAGUAUUGUCUGUUUUGACAAACGGUUUCACAAAUGGUUGAAAUAUGAAUUUUCCAAGAUAUUUUUUGAAGUAAAAGCUACCUCCAUUAGCCAACAUGUUCUGUCUAGAAACUAAAACUUCAUCGUGCCUGUAUCAACUUGUCAGUACAAGAAAAAAGUUUUAAAGAGAUGAAAAUGCCUUCAACGUGCUAAAACUGCUUGUCUUAAAGUUCACUAGGUUUUAUUUAGGAGUUAUAUGGUCUUAAGACCUGAAUUAGAAAAUAUUUAAGCUGUUACUUCUAGGAGAUCUGAAGGGGGUACAAAGUAACUGUGUUCCCCUUUCACGUUUGGCCAGCAGCAAAUGUCUUCUGGCAGCAGCUUCUUUGGGACUUAACCUGUAUUCUUGUUUCAAAGCGCUCUACCUCUACAGAAGAGAAAGCUCUAAAAAGAUUUCAGCAGAAGUUGUGUCUUGUUGUGUGCUGUGUUAUGGCUGUAUCGGAAACUAAGUAUGUGCUUAUCUCACCCAAGAACGGGUUGUACUGAGAUUUCUCCUCCAGCCACUUAGACCCAGUAUGGGAACCGUGAGACAAAGUGCUCUUACUGUCGCUUUGAAAGGGUCAUUGGACUGUCGCAGGGAGGUAGCUGUUGAUGCAGCUUGACUGCAGCACAGAAGUGGGUCUAUUUCUGUUAAAUAAGAAAGAAACUUGUAAUCACAUCAGGUGUCAAAGCAGACCUCUGCUGAUAGAGCUGCUUGUGAAGCCCUCUGAGUUGGGGGGGCUAAUCAUGUGGCUUUCAAUCUCCAUCCCACCAUCACUGGAAUUGGGAAGCUGCUGUGUACAAAUGUGGGAAAAUGAGAUUGCAGGCAAUUAGCUAAAUUCGGCCUUUAUUCUGAAGCACAGCUGUAAGCUAAGAAUAAUAUCAAUCCUGCUUAAAAAAAAAAUAUUGCAGGGUGUAACACUUCGUAGAGUUCUUCAUUUAAAUCUACUGUAAUACGUACCCUGGGUGACACUCAUUUUAGAGAGAGGAGAACGAGAUUGGGAAUUUGGAGAACUCUUCUUCCCCCCAGCACUGUGUAAAAUGAGAAUGUCAGGUGUUGUGAGGACUUCCAGUAAGAAAUACGGGAAGAGUAUUUAAUGGGACAACGUAAGCAAAAGAGCUCAGCCUGCAGGUACCCGCUGCUUUGUAGCAAGGCUCUUCAGAGGGAGCCCAUGGUACGGACGCGCAUUGCACUUACAUUCUGAGCCUGCGGAUUUGGCCAUGGAGGAAACGGACAAAACUACCUGUGCGCAAUCUUGGCUGCACUGGAUUUCUUUUGUAUUUCUAUGAGAGCUAACAUUCUGUGGAAGAUACUGCCAUGCUGUGUUUUUUUCCAGUUAAAAAUCAGCUUUAGAAAGGUACGACUGUGGAUCUAACCCUGCACUGCAUCAUGUGCCCUGCUUCUGCUGAGCUCUUCUGUGCCUCUAGCUUGCUCUACAUCCUUCACGUUAGUAAUGUGUGUGCGUAUGGACUAUGCAAUAUCAUUAUACAAAGCCCAAAGCAAUAUGAGGAAAAUUCAGAAUCCCUAGAAGGGGGAAUAACCUAUAGUAAGAUAUAACAUAGCUUAAAAUACAUUCUGUGGAGUAAGUUGUGUUUUGAGUUGAUGUCAGAUGAUCAUCUCUUUAGAGGUGUUCUAUAGUGUUGCCCUAUAGACAGGUAGUGGGGAGAGGGAUGGCUGCUGGCAUGUGCUGUGUGUCUGGGAGGAAUAUUUAGACUCCUCGGCCUUUCCUGUGGAACUGCUGGUGCACUCCUCUCUUGUGCUGUUUCCAUUUUGCCUCUUGUGGCACUGUCACGGUACAAACCGGUACAGUUCCAAACGGGAGCCGGAGUUCCCUGGACUGAGCUGAUGCGAAGGCUGAGUGAGUAAAUUCUUCAAGUUUGGUGGGUCCCGGCUGCGUGCUGUGUGUCUGACACUGCUGGCUGAUCAAACAACCGGGGAGUCAGUAAAUUCCUGUGCAGCGUGUCCUGGCCACAGGCCGAGUGCCGGGUGCUGCUGGCUGGCCCGUACAACCGGGAGCUCACGGUGGUUCUGACCCACAGUGCGGGCGAAGGCUGGCACAGCCUGGCGCCCGCAGGCCUCACGGGAAUGUGUAUCACAGGCUGAUGUGUAUUUCUCUUGAUCUAGGUUUUGAGCUUCCCAUCUUCAAAAACUGUUUGUCUUUUGUACUUGAAGACAUAUCCAGAUUUUCAUGUUUUGCAGUAACUGUGUGCAUGGAAAAUUAAAUUUGCAAAUUGCUGUUAACAUGGAUUUGGUUACGUCAGAGUCUGCAGACUCCUCAGUGGUGCGAUGCAGCUUGAAGGAACGGCUGGGAACAGCAGGUGCCAACUGGGGACAGGUUCUGUUCUUCCCUCUUCCACUAGUCCUUUCUCUCAGCCUCUUGCUGCUUUUUACCAUUUUGCUGAGGGCUUUUUUGGAUGGUUUUCCUCACUUCUCCUGGGCCUAGCAUAUGGAAAGGCCCAGUAAACGUAGCCUUGUCUGCCUGAUGCAGUGUGGCUUGUACUAAAAGCAAUGAUGUGAAAAACUAGUUUUGGUUAGGAAAUGAGACGCUCCUAGAAGAGUAGUACAGAUGUAUUUGUUAAGGUUUUUGCAUCUCAGGCUGUCUAGUACCUUGAGACUAGACAGUUGUAGUUUGCCUUACAAAUUACUUGAAAACCUGCAUAAAAGAUCUUUAAGUUUGAUCACCCCCCUGCUCCAUGAAGCCAACACUUUAUCUCCCUUAAUCUAAGUGUAUGUUAAACGCCGUUUGGCAGAUGCUUCAGCUUAAACCCCAGUAGCGUGUUCGCCGUUACCUGCAUGUCUGUGGUUAGGUGGGAUCACGGCCUCGGCUCUCACACUGCGCUGCAGCUGUACAAAGGGAGGAAGCUGCAUUAUCUAAGCCAUAAUCUAAUAUUCUGCUGGCUCACAAAAUGAGGUAUUCCAGUAACUAGGAUCAACUGUACAAGUCUCAAAAGAAAAUGGAAGUAUUUAUACUCUAUAGGUGGGAUGUGACUCGUGUACUGUAUUUAUGAAGUUACGCAGAUACCAAAAGCUAAGCUGGCUUACAUAGAGUGCGCUAGUUCUGACACUGCAGUAGAUUGCUGAGAGGCAAAAAUACUUCUCAAAAUGUUUAGAAGUUGCUUUUCUACUUGAAAAUUGCAAGUAGAAUUUCAGCAAGGGCUUGUUUAUUGUCUUUUUUUUUAAAAAAAAAAGUCCAUUGAUAAAAUGAACUUUGAUAACUUGUUUUUUGUCACUGUAGUCUUUUAUAUUGUUUUUAAUUAAAAUGUUUUAAAAUAUUAA